CAUGUGAAGCACAUCAACAGCGCCUAGUCAAUGGUAACCAGCGAGCCGAUUAGCAUUCAUUUCAAGAUCUUGUUUGAUUCAUAACAUCAAACUUCUGGUUUACAUUAGGUGCACUAACGCCACCUUGCUUUAGCACAGUUUGAAAAUAGCAGUUGUGCAGUUUUCAAUACAAACUUGACCUUUAUAGGCAGCUAAUCUGACAACCAUGUGGAGCACCAGCCGUCAUGUCCUUCAGGAUCUAGUCCGGGAGUUUACGAAAGUGACACAUUCCUCGGUUCAGUGUUUUUCACAAACAUCAUGCAAGAAUACAGUUGUGGUAGAGCGUUGGUGGCAGGUCCCAUUGUCCAAAGAGGGCCGCCCACCAAGACUAUACCCUCGGCGACAUCGGGUCUACAAAGUGGUAGAGGACACAAAGCAUGCUCCUAAGGAGAAGAUGGAACUCAUCCUCGCACAGACUGUGGCUAAGCUUGGUGGGCGAGGUGACACUGUGUUUGUGAAAAAGUCUGUUGGACGCAAUAACCUCCUGGCCCAAGGCCUGGCAGUCUACCCAUCACCAGAAAACAAAGCGAUGUUUGCAGAGGAGCUGAGGCUUUUACAUGAAGGGAGGCCCGAGGAGAGAAUCCAAACCCGCACAGGACAGCUGACGGUGGAGAUCCUGAAGCAUAUGGAGUUGAAGGUUGAGAAAAGAACCUCCAUUGAGUAUGACAUCACCAAAGAGAUGGUCUGCAGACAGAUUCUCCAGAAGCGGGGCAUAUUUGUGCCACCUCAUGCACUGAGACUACCGGAAGAGUCAAUCAAAGACCUGGGAGAUUACUGGUGUGAGGUCACGGUUAAUGGGAUAGAUACUGUGCGGAUCCCCAUGUCGGUGGUGCCCUUUGAAGACCCUACAGCGACUGGGCGCAAACUGUUGAAAAAGCAAAAGCAGGAGGAGACCAUUGCAGCUGCAGUACAAGAGGCCCCUACAGUUUGAGGCAGCUACUGUUCCAGAGGCUACCAUUCCAGAAGCUGCCCCAGCACCAGAGGCAAAAAAAGUUCCACCCACAGAGAAACAGGAAAAAGACAAAAGAACCCCACGAUUGAGGACUAAACUUUAAAUGUAGCUUUGGAGUACUUCAUGUCAUUACUAGAUGCUCACGGAACAGUUUACUCUGACUCCUGACAAUAAGUGUAAAUAAAUGAUUAAAGCAUCUUUGGAUCUGU